GUACAUGUUUAUACAUGGACUCGGCUAAAGAAAUCUGGGAUUUCAUACAGCAGUCCUACUCAGUUGCUAAAGAUGGCGCUUUUGUCUAUGACUUAUGGCUCAAAACAACGAAUCUUAAGCAAGAUUCACAUCUGUCACAGAUUAUGCAACUGACCUCCAACGACGAUGGUCUGAACUUGACCAGUAUCAAACGAUGAAGUGGUCGAAUGCUGCAGAUGCAGCUCUUCACAAGAACUAUAUAAAUCAGCAACGUCUAUAUUGCUUCUUGUCUGGUUUAAAUCCCGAAUAUGAUCAGACUCAGGGUCAAAUUCUUGGCAUUACUCCUCUGCCUUCCAUAUCUUCUGCCAUUGCCACUAUCAAACAUGAAGAGAGUAGACGCAAUAUAAUGAUGAAUACAAAUCUGAUUGACAAUACAGCUCUUGCUGCCAAAUCUACUCCUUCAGAUGUUAAGGAAACUAAGGGUAGUAAGGUAGGAAGAUGGUGUGAUCAUUGCAAGCGGUCCAACCAUAAUGUGGAUACAUGCUGGAAACUUUAUCCUCAUCUACAAAAAGAAAGAAAAAGCCAAGACAGACAUGGAACUAGUCCUGGACGUGCCAACUCAGUCACUCCCACUAUUGUUGAGAGCUCUACUAAUCUUUCGCCCAUUUCCCAGGAGGAAUUACGGCAACUUCGUAUGAUGUUACAGUCUCUUAAUAACUCAAAUGGUUCUGGUCAUAGCUCUUUGACCUUGCAAGGUAAAAACCUCUACUAUUUUUUGUCUUAAUGCUUCGGAACAUGAUAGGGACAUAGACAGCCUAUAAUAAUAAGAAUAAUAGAAUUAUAAUAAAUAAUGUAAUAGUGUACAAAUAAGGUUGUUGGGCCAUUUAUGUUAUGAUUUUGGGCCAGCCCUUGAGGGUAGCCUUAUUAUAAGAGUGGGAAGUGGGGAAAGAGGAGGGGAGGCUUUUGGACUCUUGUCUUGGGACUUGGGAAGACUGAGACUAAUAAUCUCUUUCUUUGGGAGCUUCGGCUUUGGGGGCUUCUGCCUUUGUACAGAAUACUGUUCAUCUUCUUGGAUUCAAUAAAGUUUUUCCAUUGUGUUUCUUAUUCAUCCUUCUGUAAUUGUUCUGGAUUCCUGGAGGUUCUAACAUUGGUAUCAGAGCCUUACUUCCUGGAGACGGAGAAUCUGAAGCAUGGAGGAGGAUUUCUACAUGACACCUCAAAUGGAAGAGAGUUUUGAUAAUAUUGACCGACUAAUGAGGGAGUCAAACGCUAGGUUAGCGACGAUGAUGGCUGAUAUGCAAGCGACUAUGCAAGUUGGCAUCGCAGAAUUGCAGAACCGACUUAAAAAUUGUUCGCGGAAUCGAUCGCACAAAUCGCAUAGGUCGCAUCGCGACUCUCUUCAUCGACGUACGCAACAUCCGGUUGACUCAGAGGAAUCGGAAGAACAGAGUCUUCGCAGAAGACCUGGAGAUCGAUCGAGGAACUUCAGCCAUGAGCCGCUAUCACCAACGGAUUCACAGAUGAAAUCGCGAACUUCUCAUAUUUCGCAGUCACGAACCUCAUCUUCCAGUUCGCGAUCGCGAACUAACUACUUAUUUUGGCUCGCACUCGCGAACUUCCGAUCACUAUUCACAGAGGCGAACAGUUUCUCUUUACUCGCAGACUGACUCCUCAGAUAUCAAUAUGCGUUCAAGAAAGAAGCUAGGAAGUGGAGAAUCAUCAUAUUUGUCUCCAAAGGAUUCUCACAGUUCACCUUCCUCGUCAAAAGUCAAUUCUCGGAAAUCUGCUAUUUCAAAGAAGGAGGAAUUACCUCUAUUCUACGAGCAUGAAGCAAAUGAAUAUGAAAGAUGAAAUCAAGGACGUAAUUAAGGAGAAGACGGGGUUUGAGGAAAUCACAGUGAAUGGGUUUGGGGAAAAGGAGCAGACAACUGCUUAUACAUGGAAUCCUCUGCAGAAGACACUGACUAGAAGAAUUCAUCCAGAAUGGUUUCAAAAGUUAAUCAUACUAAUGAUUAGCAUUAAACUGGUAGGCACUGUUUUGAAGUUCAGAGAUGAAGACAGGAAGGAAUGGAAGGAAAAAGGAGGUUAUACGAGUAAACCUCAGCAGUGGAAUGAUGAGUAUAGCAAGUAUAAAUAUACUUAUGAGGCCAUAACAGCUGCUGUGCAACUUUCAGUUAGAGACAAGAGUGAUAGAUAUCUUCCAGAUACAUCCAUUGAUUUUAUUGAUAAGGUUGGGUUGAUGAAGUCUAUCUUGAAGCCUGAUUUUAAAGUUGAUCAGCUUUCGGUUCUGGAUGUGGAAGGCUGCAAUGUGGUAUUUUCUGCAAUUCGGGGCUCCUCUGAUUCUGUACUGAGAUGGACUGAUGAGUCUGCUCUUGGUAGCAAUAUUGAAGGACAUGUUCAUAAAAUACAGGAGUUUGGGGCGGUCAUCACUUUUAAGAAUCAGGAAACCAAUAUGUUCUUGAGUAUUCUGACCGAAGUUCAUCAGGAACCAGUCCCUGAAGCUCAUUCUGUUGCUGCAAGAGCUAUUGGCUCUCUUAUAAGGGAAAGGAAAGAAGAAAACUUCCCAGGCUUGGGACUUUGGCGGUUGGAGAAUCUGACAUCGCAUGGCAGUACUGUGGUGCACAACUUAAUUUGCAUAAGGCUUGUUGUAGACAGUGAAUUGAGUAAUUUGAGCAACCUCAAAUCUGCAUCCAACUCACUGAUGACUCCAGAAGUAAGAGUCCUUGAGGAACUUUUUUGAAAAAGAGGAAUUAAUUGUAGCCAGUAAGUGCUUGAAGGCCACUGCAACAAAUGAAACUGCACUCGACAUAUCUUCUGCAGCCGCAACAUCUGUGAUUUUGGAGGUACAAGUACUGAAGCUUCUGAUUCAACAAACUGCGAGAUAUUGGGAAGGAAGAGGCGCUCGGAUGAAGAAGAUGUUGAAGGUCAACAAGGCUGUUUCCUAUCACCCACCUUGAGGACAAGGUGGUUGUUCAGGGGGGAGAUAUGAUAGGGACAUAGACAGCCUAUAAUAAUAAGAAUAAUAGAAUUAUAAUAAAUAAUGUAAUAGUGUACAAAUAAGGUUGUUGGGCCAUUUAUGUUAUGAUUUUGGGCCAGCCCUUGAGGGUAGCCUUAUUAUAAGAGUGGGAAGUGGGGAAAGAGGAGGGGAGGCUUUUGGACUCUUGUCUUGGGACUUGGGAAGACUGAGACUAAUAAUCUCUUUCUUUGGGAGCUUCGGCUUUGAGGGCUUCUGCCUUUGUACAGAUUACUGUUCAUCUUCUUGGAUUCAAUAAAGUUUUUCCAUUGUGUUUCUUAUUCAUCCUUCUGUAAUUGUUCUGGAUUCCUGGAGGUUCUAACAGAACAGAGUUCACAAUCUCAAUGGAUAUUAGACUCAGGUGCCACAUCUCAUAUGACUGCCAUACCCUCUUUACUCUCUAAUUAUCAUCCAUGUUUUACAUCCACACACAUUACUACUGCUGAUGGGACACCUACAAAGGUUGCGGGACUUGGUACGGUUGUUUUUUCUGAAAAAUUAAAUCUGAACAACACCCUACAUGUCCCAAACCUGGCUAUGAACCUUGCUUCUAUUUACAAACUCACAGUUGAUCUUAAUUGUGCUGCCAUUUUUUUCCCUUCCCACUGUUUAUUACAGGAUCUACACACGGGGAGGACGAUUGGAAUUGCUAAACAAAGAGAUGGCUUGUACUACCUUGAUGCACUGUUUGUCUCCAAACCUCCACAAAAAGCUCUUACCACAAUCACAGCGAAUACCAACACUAUUUGGCUUCACCACAAGCGCCUUGGCUUCACCAGGCACCAUGUUUCCUAGUCUUUUUAGUAGUAUUGAUGUUUCUACAUUUCAAUGUGAUGUCUGUGAACUUGUUAAACAGUCUCGUGUAUCUUUUUCUAGAAGUAAUACAAUCAGUUGUUCUCCUUUUGAUAUUAUACAAAGUGAUGUUUGGGGCCCUGCUCCAAUUGCUAAUAUAUCUGGUGCCCGGUGGUAUGUUACAUUUAUUGAUGAUUGUACACGUUUUAUGUGGGUUUUUCUGCUAAAAAACAAGAGUGAGGUGAGUUCCAUCAUUCCUAAUUUUUGCAAUAUGAUUCAUAAUCAGUUCUCCGUCACAAUAAAACGCUUCCGCACUAAUAAUGCUCUUGAAUACCUCAAUCAAACAGUUUCCUCUUAUUUCCUCUCAAAAGGCAUUGUUCAUGAGUCCUCUUGUCCGUACACACCACAACAGAAUGGCACAGCAGAAAGAAAAAAUCGCCAUCUCCUAGAAAUCAGUCGGGCUUUAUUGUUUCAAUCAAAUAUGCCUAAACACUAUUGGGGGGAAGCCACACUCACAGCAUGUCAUCUCAUCAAUAAAAUUCCCAGUCGGGUACUCCAAAAUAAGUCACCCCUUGAAUCUCUCCUUCACUUCUUUCCUCAAACCAGAAUUUCUUCUGAUCUUGAUCUAAGGGUGUUUGGGUGUACAGCAUUUGUUCAUAUUCCUCCACCUCAUAGGGGAAAAUUGGACCCACGAUCUAUUAAGUGUAUCUUUCUUGGUUAUUCUCCAACUCAGAAAGGAUAUAAGUGCUAUAAUCCUACAACCAGAAAGACAUACACCAGUGCAGAUGUGACCUUUAACGAAGACACACCUUUUUACACUCCUACUUCUCAACCUGUAUCCCAAGAUACUCCACAUCCUUCACCUCUGCCCACCUAUACUAUUACAUCUUCUCCACCACAUACAAUCUCCUACCCUCCUAAGCCUUUAUCACCAGACAUCCCAUCACCACCACCACCACCACCACAUGAUCAUCCAUCACCUUCCUUAGAUUUGUCAGCAACCUCACCUACUUCUCAACAGUCUUCAACAUCACCUGAACCUCAAUCAAAUCCACCACCAGACCAUCCCAUUCCUACACCUACUAAAUCCACCACUCAUGACCCAUCUUCUCCUCUACCAGUGACAAAAGUGUACUCAAGGAAAAACAGGUUCACUCCAUUGUUGACGCAAGACCAAUUGGCUGACCCAGGUAAUGUCUAUUCUUCUCCACCACCAUCUCCGCCAAUUGCUUUACGCAAGGGUGUACGUCAAUGUACCAAAACACCUCAAUACCCUCUUGCUAAUUUUGUUACCAUUGAUAACUUCUCUCCUUCACAUGCCUUGUUUGUUCAGAGACUUAAUGAAAUUCUCAUACCCAACUCUGUUUCUGAGGCAUUAGGAAAGAAAGAAUGGAGGGAUGCUAUGCAAGAGGAAAUUAGAGCUCUUGAAAAGAACCAUACUUGGGAUAUUGUGACUAAACCUCCUGGGAGGCAUGUUGUUGGUUGCAUGUGGAUCUUUACUGUCAAAUACAAGGUUGAUGGAUCUCUUGAGCGGUACAAAGCUCGUCUUGUGGCUAAAGGAUACACUCAGACGUAUGUGAUUGACUAUCAAGAGACCUUUGCUCCUGUAUCUAAGCUCAAUAUUGUCUGUAUCCUACUAUCCUUGGCAUCUCACUUUGAUUGGCCUUUAUUGCAAUUUGAUGUCAAGAAUGCUUUUCUCCACGGUGACUUGCAUGAUGAGAUCUACAUGUACAUUCCCCCAGGCUUUAAUAAAACAUCAACAAGUACCUCUACACAUGUAUGCCAUUUAAAAAAAGCCAUCUAUGGUCUCAAGCAAUCCCCUCGUGCUUGGUUUGACCGCUUCACACAGGUUGUUCUUGCUGAUGGGUAUAGUCAAAGCCAAGGGGAUCAUACUCUUUUUUACAAACACUCUCGCCCAAAUGGAGUCACUAUUCGUUUAGUAUAUGUGGAUGACAUCAUUGUGACGGGUAAUGAUCCAGAUGAGAAACAACGUCUUGAGGGGCAGCUGAAAUCCAAAUUCGAGAUGAAGUCUCUUGGCCCUCUAAAAUACUUUCUUGGAAUUGAAGUUGCUCGCUCAUCUGAAGGCAUCUUUAUCAGCCAACAAAAGUACAUUACAGAUUUGUUAAAUGAGACUGGUAAGAGUGCUUGUCGACCGGUUAAUGCACCUAUGGAUCCUAAUCGUAAGCUUGGACUUGCUACUGAUGAACCCAAGGUUGAUUCAUCAAUGUAUCAGCGCUUAUGUGGCAAAUUUAUCUAUCUCUCUCAUACUAGACCUGGCAUUGCCUAUGCAGUUAGUGUUUUGAGUCAGUUCAUGCAUGAUCCAAGGAAACCACAUCUAGAAGCAGCCUAUAGGGUUCUUCACUACCUUAAAGGAAGUCCAGGGCAAGGGAUAAUAUUCAGGACGGGUGACAAUUAUCAGUCCAAGCCUUCAUUGAUGCAGAUUAUGGUGGCUCCCUCAUUGACCGCCGGUCAACUACUGGUCUCUGUGUUUCCCUCAUGAGUGCGUCGAGAGGCUGCUGGGUCAGUACAUGGACGGUGUGGGCCUGGAAGUAGUGCCCCAGCUUCUUCACCGUGUG